AACGGCCGCUGUUUUCUGCAUUUCCAAACGUCUCACGCGAUCCAAUUGUGCAUUGCAUAUUCUGCCACACUGCCGCUCGCUGCCGUGUCCGCUUCGGCGAAAUCCGCUCGGCAACCUGUGGAGAUAAGCCGUUCUUUUUUGAAGUAUAUCUACUGCAUAGCUCCCGCGUAGCAUAUCUCCCCUCACCACUGACCAAGCUUCACCUCCACCUUCACUCCUCCUGUGUCGCCCUCGUGGAACGUUGACUUCCCUUUACUCUUCACACAGUGUUGCCAUCUAUAUUCCCCCAAACCAUCAGCAUGCCUCAGCUCAGCUACGCCAAGUACGGCAAGGACAACGUCCGCCUGUACAAGGUAGACAAGAAUGAGAAGACGGGCGUGCACACCGUCAUUGAGCAGACCGUCUGCACUCUUCUCGAGGGCGACAUUGAAACUGCCUACACCGAAGCCGACAACGGUCCCGUCGUUGCCACGGAUACCCAGAAGCAAACCAUCUACAUCAAGGCCAAGCAGCAUGCCAUCGACCCGCCUGAGCAAUUCGCCGCGAUUCUCGGCGACCACUUUGUCAAGACCUACCCGCACAUCCACGCCGCACAUGUCAAGAUCAUCCAGCACCGCUGGACGCGCAUGACCAUCGACGGCAAGCCGCACCCACACUCGUUCUUCCGCGAUGGCGAGGAGGUCCGCGUUGUUGAGUCCGUCACCCGCGAGAACCAGGGUGUGGAGAUCAAGUCCAAGAUCGAGAAGCUGCUCGUGCUCAAGAGCACCGGGUCUGCCUUCUAUGGCUUCCACCGCGACGAGUUCACGCGGCUGCCGGAGACUUGGGACCGCAUCCUUAGCACCGAGGUUGAGGCCGGCUGGAAGUGGAAGACAUUCAAGGACGUCGCUGAGGUGAAAAAGGUGGACUUCAAUGGCGCGUGGCAGCGCGCCAGGGAAAUCACACUCAAGAUUUUCGCCGAGGACAACAGCGCGAGCGUGCAAGCCACCAUGUACAAGAUGGGCGAGCAGAUCCUUGCUGACGUACCGCUCGUUGAGGAAGUCGACUACGUGCUGCCAAACAAGCAUUAUUUCGAAAUUGACCUAAGCUGGUACAAGGGCCUCAAGAAUACGGGCAAAGACGCCACCGUCUUCGCGCCCCAGUCCGACCCUAACGGCCUCAUCUACUGCACCGUCGCCCGCAAGCCCAAGUCCAAGCUAUAGAGUCGACCAUGUUCUUGUCACGACUUUACGAUCUUGUACCAUACGCCAGGCAUAUUUCGGUCGUUUGCUCCGUUUCUCGUAUAUUGUUUGAAUCCUAUGGCUUGAGAAGAGAGUUGUCGCGCAAGGGGAGGGGCUGGCUGCGCAAUGAGAGUAGUAAACGUUAUAUACCCAGGGGUAGAUUUAGCUGAUAUGCAAUGAUAUGAGAGAGUAGUUUACCAUAUAAUUGGCGGGCCUGGAUGAUUGUGAAUCCGCGACUUUGAUGCUCUGAUUUCAGAUAUAUGUGACGCCAGCCGGGGGAUACUCAAAGGUCGCGACGACACCGCAACGACGCGGAGACGGCAUUGCAUACAAGCAACAGAAC